GUCACUUCCGGCGCGAGGGCCGGGCGGGCCGGCUGCGGAGUGUGGGUUUGUACUGCGCUCUGCCAGCCGAGGCUCCUGCCGCCGAGACCCGCGCUCCGCCUGCCGCCGGGCUGGAACCCCCAUAGCUAAUGUCAGAAGAAAGCGACUCUCUGCGAACCAGCCCCUCUGUGGCCUCCCUCUCUGAAAAUGAGCUGCCACUGCCUCCACCUGAGCCUCCCGGCUACGUGUGCUCCCUGACAGAAGACUUGGUCACCAAAGCCAGGGAGGAGCUUCAGGAGAAGCCCGAGUGGAGACUCCGGGAUGUGCAGGCCCUUCGAGACAUGGUGCGGAAGGAGUACCCCUACCUGAGCACUUCGCUCGAUGAUGCUUUCCUGUUGCGCUUCCUGCGGGCCCGAAAGUUUGAUUAUGACCGGGCCCUGCAACUGCUGGUCAACUACCAUGGCUGCAGGCGGAACUGGCCGGAGGUCUUCAGCAACCUGAGACCUUCAGCCCUGAAAGAUGUUCUUAACUCUGGGUUCCUCACAGUGCUGCCCCACACGGACCCCAGGGGCUGCCACGUCCUCUGUAUCCGACCAGACAGAUGGAUACCGAGCAACUACCCAAUCACUGAGAACAUCCGAGCCAUAUACUUGACAUUAGAGAAACUCAUUCAGUCUGAAGAGACCCAAGUGAACGGAAUUGUAAUUCUUGCAGACUACAAAGGUGUCAGCUUAUCAAAAGCAUCUCAUUUUGGCCCUUUUAUAGCCAAAAAGGUGAUUGGCAUCCUUCAGGAUGGCUUCCCCAUUCGGAUAAAAGCAGUCCACAUAGUGAACGAACCUCGGAUAUUUAAAGGCAUUUUUGCCAUCAUAAAACCAUUUCUGAAGGAGAAAAUUGCAAACAGGUUCUUUCUCCAUGGGUCUGACCUGAACUCUCUCCAUACAAGCCUUCCAAGGAAUAUCCUCCCCAGGGAGUAUGGGGGCACAGCGGGAGAGCUGGACAUCGCCACCUGGAAUGCGGUGCUGCUGGCAUCAGAGGAUGAUUUUGUAAAAGAAUUCUGCCAGCCUGUGCCUGCCUGUGACAGUCUCCCAGGCCAGCCACUGCUGCCUGAAGGACUGAUCUCAGAUGCACAGUGUGAUGAUUCCAUGCGAGCCGUGAAGUCCCAGCUCUACUCCUGCUAUUAGCUCUCUUCUGGGAGUCACCGUGUAUAAUUCUUCAUUCCUUAGAAAGGCACAAGGCUGAAGAAGCCGAGGCCUCAGUCUUGCUCCAUCAUUAUGCAGCGACGGAGCUGCCUCUAAAGAUUAAAGGUGAGCCCGCCUCAGGCAGACCACUGGCUAUCUGCAUUAUUCCAGGGAAGACACGGAAACUGCCCUGGUGAUUCCCAAAUGUUUGCAACUGCUAGUCUGGAUAAGCUGUCUGUAUCUGUUUCUUACACAUCUUGGAAGCAACCAGGGUCAAAGUCACUCUGAAGUAACUAGGAGACAAGUGGAUUGAUCACAACUCUGAAGCAGUUUGCCAGUCCUGAAAGAUGGCCACACGUGAAACUGUUGACUCUCUUUCCCCAAUAACCCUAGGUGUUGACCUCUGUUGCUCAUCAGCAAGAUUCAAGAUUCAGGCCCUAGCUAUCAUCACUGGACCUAGAAAGCACUGUAAACUGAGCAGUACAAAUACCGGGACCCAGGCAGUAGUUUUAGAUCAAAUUUGGAAGCCAGGUGCUUCAGAGCAUCCCUGGGCUUCCAGGGUUGAAUCUUGCAAUAGAAACUUUUCCCAAACCUAUAAAGCCUUAGCUCUGGUUCUCCAUGGGAUCAUACUGGUCAACAUAAAAUACUGGAUUUCCAGACAAUGUGAGUAAUGCAUUUGGACUAGGAGUCAUGUGGCUGGACAAGGCAUGGACCUCAGCUUUGUCAUUUCUAAAAGUAAGCUAUGUGGGAUGGUUCUUUGAGGUGCUGAAAUUGUUGGGUUUUCUGCUUGCAAAGAUGACCACCUAGAGGUGGUUGGGUCUUGGUUUUUUGUGGUAUGUACACAAGCCUUAUGUAAAGGAGUAUCACCAUUUGGCUGUGCCUUUGGUGGUAACCAACUGCCUUUGUAGAAUGAUGGGUGACCUUGAAAGGGAUGGCUUUUGCGAGGCUGACCAAAUCUUGUACAAACCCUUCCACCCUGGAGACACUAGUAGUAUAUCAGAAACAGUCACAGUAAUGGCCAGCUUUGGGCUUCUUCUAUUUUUGUCUCUGGAAACACACUGGGCCAGAUUGUUGCUGGUAUACCUGGGGCCCAGCAGACUGUCUAGUGUGGAUGAACCAGUUGGCCAGAAUGUUAGUUUUGCAUUUAGGCACUUUAGACACCUGUCAAAAUUUUAGCCUUAACCCAAGCUUUGAGGGAAUUAUCUCCUGGUUUUUGACCUGUUACCUUUGGUAUUCACCGAGUAUUAUGAUUAGUGUCAACUGCUGUUGGUUGUGUAUUUACUAGAGUAAGCAGGCAUGUAAGUGGCUUUGAGACUCAAAGGUCGGUCAAUUGUUACUAAAUUUCCUAAAACAUCUACAGUUCUUUUUUUUUUUAAUUUAUUUAUUUAUUAUGUAUACAGUAUUCUGUCUGCUUGUAUUCCUGCAGGCCAGAAGAGGGCACCAUACAUCAUUACAGAUGGUUGUGAGCCACCAUGUGGUUGCUGGGAAUUGAACUCUGGACCUUUGGAAGAGCUCUUAACCACUGAGCCAUCUUUCCAGCCCACAUCUACAGUUCUUAAUUGAAACUUACCACAAUAAUGCCAAUUCUGGGAAACAUUCUUUUCACCUAGAUGCUAAUCCUUGAUCUUUUAGAUCCUGGCUGAGCUUAAGUGCCAAAACACACCAGUCUUGACUGCCCAGAGACCAUUUACUAAGUUUCUGCUAUUUGGUUUAGUUCCUGGCAGGUUUUCUGCCUACAGGGAUGACCACUCACACACCUGGAAAAAUCCAUGAUGGCUCUGAACCCAGAAACCUGGGCAAGAGACUCUAUUAACAGCUUUCUUAGGUCCUAAAGAGGAAGAGAGCACAAGAAAAAAGAAUAGACAAAGGGAGCUGGGCGGUGGUGGCGCACACCUUUAAUCCCAGCACUCAGGAGGCAGAGACAGGCGAAUCUUUGUGAGUUCGAGGCCAACCUGGUCUACAGAGCUAGUUCCAGGACAGGCUCCAAAGCUACAGAGAAACCCUGUCUUGAAAAAAAAAAAAACCAAAAAGAAAAAGAAACAAGACAAAGGGAAAGAUGAAUUCCUUCCCUGGUUUAAAUCCUGUCACAUGACUAGCUAGUUCUUUGUUUAACAAAGGGCAGCCAGGCUCACUGGGAAAAAUCUCAGAGCAUAAAGCACCCAGUUUGCUAGGCCUUUCUUGAUUAGGGAGCCAUUCCAUCAAGCCUGAAAGCGUGGGUCUGCUGUCCCCACAGCUGCCUGCUGACUCUAAAGAUCAGUCUUGGCACCUGUGGUUUGAAGCCUGUGAGGCCAGGACCUCCUGGUGUAAAAGCAGCUGGUGUGCUGAGCAAGGGAUGCAGCAAAGCUUCAGUUGCGAGGAACACUGGUAGAGGCACCAAGUGAGCUGACUUUAGGGGUAAAGUAUCUGACUUUAAAGUUCUAGACAUUUUACAGAUAGCUAAAAAUGAGCUUUUCCUAAAAUUCAAGGUUAUAUGGUGUUGGGAAGGAAAAGCGAUAGUGAAAUAGAAGUGGGUCCCAGCUUUAUAGUUCUACUUGGCACCCCUGAUCACUAGACAAAGAGGCUUGUACACUGAACUCUCAAUCCUGUUCCUAAUUGGUUCUCUGGCCAUAAGGGCACUCUUCUCUGCUUUUUAAAAACAAAGGUCAUUUAAGAAUGUAGGUAAGGGAAUAGGUGCUGCAAUAUGCUAGUGUAGGGAUAUGGGAGUUCCCUUCUCUUGCCCAAGUCCACUACAGACUUCCACUAAAUUCUGAUCCCUGAAACCUAUUGUUCCUUCAGUGGAGGGAUACAGAUAAAAUCUACAGCAACAGCCAGAGUGCUGGCUUCACACCUUGGCUUUCUCUGGGCACAGGCCGGUUAAACCACUCUCAUCUCAUCCUAGGCUUGUAAGCACCUCAGGUUACAGGACUUCUUCAGAAAUGCAGGCAUUCCCUCUGAAUAUCUGGGACAGCCUUACGAUCCAGCAGGCAGUUUGGUGGAUGUCAUUUCAUCCUCAUCAUUCAUGGACCUUGCUUUUUCAUCUGGGCAGCAACAGCUACAGUGCUGUUGUGGCACUAUAAUACCUCAUCUUGAAGUCAUGAACUUCAGGUUUUCCUGUGGAAUCUCCUUUAGGAAGGAAAACGUUCACUCGAUGUACAUGUAGCUGUCCUAUGGUCAUGUCAGGCUGGAACACCAAUGGUUGCUCAGGACAGCCAGCUAUCUUGCUAAGGCGCUCAGUAUUGCCAUCUGUUCACUCUAAAUCUCAAGCAAAUUUCUUUCUGCUCUCCCAACUCAGAAAUGCUCAGCUUCAAAUGCAAGAAGCACCACCAAAUACUUCUCCAUGGGAGCUAACUCCACAGGAAGGCUCAGUAUGACUUGCAGUUGGAGACUACAUGUUUAUAGGUUUUUGAUUACCUGGGGUCCUGUGUGUGUGUUUUCAAUCUCAAUGGAGGCUUUUUCCACCAGGCAGUUAAGUGGUGGCUGCUUUGGAGUCUCCUGGAUGUGCCUCGGCUUCUUGGCAUAGCACACAGGAACCCAACAGGUAAAUACUUGAAACUUCCCAGCGGCCAAGACCUCCAAUACCCUUCUGACCGGUGGGAAUGGGGCUGUUUUCCUGAGCAGUCUAGGCUACUAUUUUAGCCCAUGGUCACGUUCCUUACUUCAAACUGAAAUUCAGUUUGACUUUGAGUUUAGGCACAUGUGGUGGAUUCAUCUACUUCAGUGUUUGUUUUGACCAAAAGUUUAUUUUUCUAGUGCAUUUUUCUAAGUGGUGAAAAUAUGUAAUUUUAGUAUGCAUGACUGGACCUCCAACAAUAAAAAUCUCUGUAAG